CCGCCCAACAUGUCGACCCGCUUCGUCAACCAGGACCUCGCGAGCGCCGUCCGCGACGUCGUCCAGAUCCGCAACGGCUCAAACGAGCCCCAGUACCUCGCUGGCCAGCAGGCGCCCCCGCCCCGCCCCGAGCGCCGCACGCCCUCGCCCAACACGGCCGCUGGCGGCACUGCAGGCGUCCAGGCCAGGCCCGCGCCCAAGUCGGAGAACCCGUUCGAGAACGCCGAGGUCGAGACCUUCACCCCGUCCGAGCCCAAGGAGAUCCGGAACAAGAAGAGUAGCUCGUCCAAGGAGAAGGACAGAAAGGGCUCGCGUCACGCCGAUGUCAUUGACACCUGGGACCCAACAGGCCUCGGUUCGGCUAUGUGGCAUCACUCUGGGCCGUACGAUGCCGCCGCGCCAUCGCGCAACCUCAACACGCCAGCAGCCAAGGCUCCCAUGUAUGCGUUUGGCACGUCGGCGCCCCAGGCGUCGCAGCCCCAGCCCGCGGCCGUUGCAGCCCCGGCGCCGCGUGUCUCGCCCGCAGGAGUCCCUGUGCCCCCGCCCAAGGACAUCGCCGGAGGCGAGCGCAGAGGAUCGGCGCGCCCCAUCAGCGGACGCGCUAGCGGCGGAGGCCUGAGCGGCCAGUACUCCACCAGCGUUCCCAGCGGUAGCUACUUCCCCGAGCAGCAGUCCGUACCCGAGGACGGCGAGGACCACCCUGGUCGCCGCCGCCAGACGGAGAAGGAGCGUGCGCUCAAGGCGGCGUGGGGUAUUGACACACCCGAGCCGUAUGAGGACUUUGGAUGGUCCCCGCGUGAAGACGCGAUUGACCUGAGCGACCCCUCGCCUGAGAACGGCAACCCUCCCCGCUCGCCGGGCUUCAAGAACGUGUUUGGCGCCGGUGCCGGCAGAGCGCCCCCGUUAUCCGAGGAGAUCCUCUCGCCCACCGAAGAGGGCUUCGCCAACCGCGACCGCGGGAGCUUCUCUCGCCCGGGUGUCAAGCGGACCAAGAGCUUGAUGCAGAAGAUCAAAAGCAUGGUGCGUCAGAAACCUGAUGAGAGUAUGCCCCCGGUCCCCGCGUGGGGCGAACGGUCAAAGUCCAUGUCGGCAGCGUCGCCCACGGCCGGCAUUUUGCGGCCAAGUGGCUACGGCGGCGCUGGCGGCGCUGGCUAUGGCUAUGGGCUCGAGUCGGCCGUCAUGGAGGAGGAGAAUGGAGGAGUGGAGCCCGGAACCGUCAACUUUGCCGACCCGAUCUUUGGAGAGCGGUGGGACCCAGCGUCCGGACACCCGGUUUCGAAGGCGGACGGCGAGGUUGGGCGCAGCGAGGAGCUGCGGGGAUAAGGAGGAUGUGGAGAAGUUGGGAGGGCGCUGGAUUAGGCCCGGGACACACACGACGCCGCCGCGACACGCUGGGGACCGUCGCGACUCCCACCCUUGUGGGUUCGCUGACCCCCUACAGCGCGAAAAGGACGGACCGGGACGCUCGUCGUCACCAGGCAAGUAUUCAUCCAGAGCCGAACCGCCGGUACCGCCUAUCCCGGGCGACGAGCGGCGUGUGUCGCAUGCUACGCGCGGGUCGGUCAGCAACAGCGCGUCGGGCAGCGCCAGUGCGAGCGCCAACGCAACGACGCUCUCGAGCCCGGCGCGCGAGCGACCCGAGGUUACCUUCGAUGCGCCGCCCAACGGCCGCCACCACACCGACGACCAGGAAGAGCUCAACCCCGAGCCGCUUUCGCCACUCCGCGACCCCACCAACGGCGCCGACUUUUCCUUGUCGGGCGCGCGGCGCGGCUCGGCGCCUGCCCAGACCACCAACACGCACGCCUUCGGCCCCAAGCAAAAGGGCCUCCCGCUGCCGCCUGUGGGACCGGUCAUGCCCGACUUUAACGACCUGGUGCCUCGCCGCGGGAGUGCCGUCGAGACGACGGACAGCGCGGUCAAGCGCAGACCGUCGAUCGCCAAGCGGUUCAAGGAGCGCGUGGGGAAGUGAGCGGCGGGGGCAUUCACGAUUUUUGUUUUGACGCGACGAGACGGAAUACUUUAAUAUAGUUUGUGUAUCGAUGCAGCCUGGUAUGAGUAAGA